GCUUCACCAGGUGCUGGGAGUGCAGGCGCGGAGUCCGAGUUGCGGCUGCGGUGGUCCGCGGGAUGCCCGAGGCCAAGGAGAAGACCCGCAGGCAGAAGUUCGGUUACAAUGUUAACCGGCACCGUCUUAGCCGGAAUGCUAGAUGGAAGGCAGCGCCACGGAUCGAGUGCUCCUUCUUCCGAGAUUCCUGAAACCAUGCCGAAUCCGUGUGGCAGAACCUGGCCGACAUGGGAUUGGCCACGGACCUCAACAAGGCAUUGCCCCUCGGUAAGAGAAAGGUGAAGGCCAUGGAGGUGGAGCCUCAGGAACUCAUGUGGAAACCCUAGGUGCUAAAUGACCUGGAGGCAGAAACCAGCCUCCCAGAAAGGAAAGGAAAUACUCUGUCUCAGGACCUCACAGACUACAUAUGCUACAUGGUGGAGAACCUUGGGGAGGACUAAAAGCCUAGUGGCAAGCCUUCACUGAUUCUUUGCAGAACAAUAGAAUAGAGGUUGAGUGACUGGUUUACCUUGCCCCAGGCUGAGGCUUCUUCCUGGACCUGAGAAUUGGAGCCAGGGUUUAAGGCAAGGAGGUGUGUUGCUGCAAAUGAACUGUAAAACCCUCAUGGAAUCAAAAGGUUUUUCUUUCUCCCUUCCCUCCCUGGGGGAGGAACUGUCUCCAGAGGCUUCAAUUUAUAUUCUUCUGGGGGCUCCAGGAAAAGCCAGAACCUGCUGGUUUCAGAGUUUGUUUGA